UUCCUGAUUCAAUCAUUCCCUGCUGACGCAUCGUGCGCGCAUGACGCUCUGUAUCUUAUCGCAGUAGCCCCUGUACAUACGUAGUCGUAACUUGUUUAGUAUAAGUUCGUAGUAUAACAGUAGUAAAUAACUAGUUAAAAUGUGUUUGGCUAAGGAUGACACGCAAUCCCCGCAGAAGGAGGUGCCCUCACCUCGCUCGCCUUGGGCGAAGCUUUUGAGUCGUCAGAGCUCAAAGCCUCGGCUUCCCCGCAAGGUGACAACUUCGACGCGGGUUAAUCUUAAUAAGUGCUGGUCCAAGCUAGGAGAGUUGAUUUCCAACGCGGGCCCGCGUACUGACCUACCAUCGCAAAAGACUGCUUACCCCGAGGAACCUGUUCUCAUACCUUUCUCGGACUUCUUCUACCCGGUGGACCCGGUGAAACCGGUGCCCGUCGAGGAGAACGACAACGCUGAAAACCAGAAUAUCGCCAACAACCGCUUCGAACUCAUCAACGAGGACUCGGAGAUCAGCGACAACAUGGCCAACGAAGUGCGAGAGAUCUGCUACUCGGCCUCUAAAACUUGCUUCGUAUGUAAGAUUUGUUAUUAGUUUACUUUACAAACCUUCGCUUCAGUUCUUCCUUCGGUACUAAAAUGCAGUGAAAACAAAAUCGCGUCUUCCAUCAUUAGUUGUAAACGUGCUCGGUAGCACAGAUCCAUGUCUUCCAUUAGACUUAGUGUUGUGUCGGUGCGGCGCCUCCCUGUGAUGUAGCCUAGUUGUGAUCUCCAGUAGAUGUACUGAGGCGCUGUCCACAUAUAAAUUAGUGUAACAGUAAAUUGUCGCAAGUUUUGGUAGACAGCUUUAAUGAACUGCACUGUAAUUAUCAUUGCACCAUCUCCGGCUAUCGACUGAACUUCUAAUGCGUAACGAUUCUGCUUUGUUUCUCUUUCCGAAUCCAACGUCUUCCACUAGUGUUAAGUUUUGUCUGUGAUACCAGAGUUUAUAUAACGAUCGAAAGCUUUAACUAGACCUAAGUAAAGUGUAUUAGUUCGUAAGCAGAGUAUAUUAGUGUUUAAGUUUGAGAUAUGUUCGCUAAGUGUUUUUGAGCGUCACUUAAUUUUGUGUUAGUAACUUAAGUUUAUCUUUCAUGUGAUAUUUGCAACACUAAGUGAACUUUAUUAGAUUGUAGACACCUCGAUAUGAAUUUAACAUAUCAGUAAACGAAGCUUUAAUAGUUUGUAAGGUUCUUAGUUUAAGUGAAAUCAUUGAACUUCCAUUCUUUAUUAUCAUUGUGUAACGUUUAGAUCAUUGUGUUGCUAAAUUCUGUUUCAUUUGUAAGUUUUGCAGAAGUGGGCCGAACGUGCCAAUCUUAAUUAAUGUAGUUUUAGCUAUAACUAAGUACAAUUAACGUGUUAAGUUUUAGUUAAGUUACUUUUCUGUAUUUUUGAUGAAUUCUUCCAUUUGUGUCAAUUGUUUAAGGUGACUUGUUUUUCUCUUACGAUUACUUUUUAAUGUAACUCUUACUUAUGUUGUUAAGUUAGCACCUAAGUUAGAUAAGCACUCGUAUCUUAGACUGAUAAUGUUAAGAAUUCAAGACUUUCGUUUGAUCUCCGAUUCUUAAUAAACAUUAAUGUAUAAUUUAAA